UCUCACCCUGCCAGUUCCCGGAAGGGGGGGGUCGCCAGGUGGCGGCCGCUUCCGGCUGUUUGACUGGUGGCGGGAGCGGAAUGAGUAAAGGCCGUGCGGAGCAGGCUGCAGCCCCCGGGCUUGUCCUGAGUUACCUGCGGGAGCAGAACCGACCCUACAGCGCCCAGGACGUGUUCGGGAACCUGCAGCGGGAUCACGGGCUCGGCAAGGCGGCUGUGGUGAAGGCCCUGGAGCAGCUGGCGCAGCAGGGCAAAAUCAAGGAGAAGGUGUACGGCAAGCAGAAAAUCUAUUUUGCGGACCAGGAUGAAUUUGAUACUGUGAGUGACACAGAUCUCAAAGACCUUGACGAUGAAAUUCUGUCACUCACGUCCAAAGUCCAAAGUAUCCAGCAGAGCUGCCGUCACAUGGAAACUGAGCUGAAAGAACUGAGUAACUCCCUGACUACACCAGAGAUGUGUAAAGAGAUUGAGGAGUUAAAAAAAGAAUGUGCCAAUUAUACAGAGAGGCUGAGUAAAAUCAAAGCAGCUACCAACCAUGUGACUCCAGAAGAAAAAGAAAAGGUGUAUCAGGAGAGGCAGAAGUAUCACAGAGAGUGGAGGAAGCGGAAGAGGAUGGCAACUGAACUGUUUGAUGCAGUUCUUGAGGGUUACCCCAAGAGUAAGAAGCAGUUUUUUGAAGAAGUUGGAAUCGAGACAGAUGAAGAUUAUAAUGUUGCCCUUCCAGACCCCUGAGGAACUUCUCUCCAAAUAAUGUUGAAGAGUCAGAAGGAACUUCCUGGACUGGUUGUAUUGGUGUUGUUUUGGCACUUCCCGCUGUCUUUUGUCUACAGGAGGAGUCUAAACUAAGGGAAAGUGACUAGGCUAAUUAGUACCAAGAAGGCAGGUGGUUUUAUACAUAUAUUACUCGCAUCAGUUUAGUCACAGAUUUGACUUGAUAAAUUCAGAACGAAUUUGGGCUUAAGCAUUUAGUAAAAUUUAUUGCAAUUACAAUUUGAUAUAAAAAUAGUUUCUAUUGGAUGGUAAGCCUGAAAAAAAGGAGAGGGGCUAGGCUUCUAUGUAUCUGAGACAGAAGUUUAUCCACUCUCCCCUGGCUCAUUUCUGAUAGAAAUCGUGGUAGGAAGUGGACAGGAGAAUGGCCAUCUAUCCCUAAUGAACUCUUCAAGUGAAAAGAGGUGGCGUGUAAGCCUGAGGUACCAUAAGACCUGCCUGACUUAAAAAAAUUAAUAAAAUUGUAAGCUUAAAAAGAUUACAUUGAAAGAAAAGUUAAGAAAUUUGUUGUAAGGUUUCUGAUCACCGUGGCAGACUCCCUACGGAUAAAAUCCCCAUAUAACAUGCUAAAAAUUUUUUCUGUGCCAGGGACAGACAUGACAGCACCACUGGGGAUAAGUGCCAGUGGAACUCCAUGAUUACAUAAAUACUUUCUCUGCCUCCA